AUGCCGAAGUUGAAAACGCGGAAUCACAAGGACAACAAGACAGUGUCAAAGAAAAGGAAGAACGAUGAAGCGGAUAGUAGGAGUCGGUCGAGAUCUCUAGAUAUGAGGAAGCGAAGGAAAAUACAAGCUACCAACGCAGACAAAAUUGCAAGAUCAGGGAAGCGAGAAAAGAUUGAAUCAUGCAAGAAAGACGACAGGGAGAAUAAAAGCAAAGAGACAGAUAAGUUCAAGUUUCGUUGCAGAACCAAUGGUAUACAUAAAAUACGAGCGCAACUCUACAAGAAAGGAGCUAAUCUAGAAGGUAUCAAUAGUCAACUGGAUAAGGCUGGCCUGAGGGGCAUCCUUGAGGUAUCAAUUACUGUGGUCGACCAUGGCAUUGUUUCAGAUAUCAUCAUGUUGUACGAUCCAUCCAGCGGACUUUUUGACAUGGGGGGAAGGUAA